CUUCCAAUGCACGCAAUUUAUUUCACGAAUCAGUAAAAUUAUUAAUACAAUCGCCAGCUUAUCAAGAAAGGUCACGAGAGAUCGAGAUCGAGCAUCGAAGAAUGCCAUUCAAAGACAUCGAAGCGCAGAAAAUAAGGGAAGACGUUACGAUUCAAAUUUUUAACGAGCCAUUGGCGAAGGAUAUUACUUCGAGCAGCGAGGAUCCGGCGUCCUGUUUCGUGGUGAGAGCUCGUAGAAGGCUUCGUACCAGGUUGAAAAGGAAAUCCUGCUCUUUCCCGCGCAAGGAUGAUUCUAGCUCGUCUACGUCGAUAGCGGACACCGAGUCCUGCCCUACGGAGGAGCUAGAUGAGGAAGAGGUAAUUCACAUUGAGAUGGACGAUGGCUCAAAGGAACUACUCUUAAAGGACGGCAAAGCAAGGAAACGAAGUAGUCGCGUAGGAAGAAUUCUCGCUGCACUCACGAAAAUUUCUUGGCUCGGCAAGAGAACGACGACCGAUAGCGACGGCGAGUGCCGAACGAGGAAGCCUUCUCUCCUGGAUAGAAUAGCAUGGAUGCUCCCUGGAAAUCAAUCUACCUCGCCCAUGCGGAUGUAUCGACGAAUUCGCACUACGAAAAAAGACGCGAAGCGCAAGGACUCCUCCCCCGCUUUCUUGUCUACCUCCGACGAGGAGGAGAGCGAGCAACACGCGCUUUUAAAGGCGCACGAACGGCAAGUAGACUGUUUGCAAAUCAUCUCAGAUCAUGACGAUUCCGGGGAUAAUAUUUACAGCAGAAAUUAUGACUCGCAUCGUGCACGACGCGGGACGAUCUGUCGCCAAUCGGAUUCUCACGUGAGAGCUGACGAUGCAAGAUUGAGACAUCCUCACGAGAAAAAAUUCAAGAUGAGAGAACUGCCGAGGUACAACGAAACUACACUGAGAAAAAAAAACUAUUGACUUGGAUAAAAUUUUCAACCUGAUUAAAUUUCUUCAGUUCGAGCAUUUAUGUAUUUGAGUUAAAUACAUAAAUAAUUGAAUGAAAAAAAUUUAAUCGAGUCAAAAAGUUUAGUCAAUUUAACAGCUUUUUUUCUCAAUGUAGUUAUCUAAGAUGAAUAUCGCACAAUAAAUGUGUGAAAUCCUCAUACAAAAUACAUACAUAACGUAGAUAUUUUUUAUCACGAUGCAUGUCGUGUACAACGUAAUCUGUAUCGUAGAUAUCUUCAGCCGAUUUCAAAGGACACGUCAUACUUCGAAGUAGAUGAAAUUAAAGAUUCGCAAUCGAAGCGACGAUGUGUUCGUCCGAUAGAUCGUAUUAAUGUUUUAUCAGAUACCGGAAUAGCCGAUAUCGACAAGCAAAAGACAGACAAGCGGAACAUUAUUACUGAUGACUACGCUCAAGUAUACUUAUCGUUUCUUCAUUUAUUUCCGUGAUAAUAUUAAUUCUCUGACCGAGUGUCGUGAUCGUUCAAAAAUACUAUAAAAAGGAAGGGGGGUGGAUCAAUAAGAUCAUUUGUGGACCAUUUUCACUUCCCGAUUUUUAUUAAACAUUAUUUUUAUUUUUUGAUAGCCUCUAUGAACAAAAAAUAUAACACCCGGAUGUAACGAUACAUAUCUGAAUAUAAAGUUUCAUGUAUAAAAGCUUUUAGUGAACCGAUAUGCACUAUUGAUUGAAAAAACAAUGUUUCUAAUCGUUGUUGCGAAACAAUAUUAAAAAUCUUCAGUUUAUGACAAUAUUUAGAGUUAAAUGAUUAUAAUGUCUAUAAUAACGACAUGUUUUAUCUGCAAUAAUAAAUGUAAGGCAACAUAAAAAAAAAUAGUAUUUUAUUAAUAAAAUAUUCAUAAUUUGUACAUCUUGAUUUAAUGACGUUAGUUGCCAAUAAAUUGAAAUCUCUAUAAAAUCGUUUUUAUUAUUUUAUCUUAUAGAAACAAUAGUAGAGAGAGAGAGAGAGAGAGAGAGAGAGAGAGAGAGAGAGAAAGAUUUAGUUGCGAU